GGAAGGGGACCCGUGGGGUGGCAGGACGCCGCGCUAGGUUCCCACCGCUGGGAGGACAACAAACGCGGGUCUGGCGGAGAGCGGCGGCGCUCGGAGACCGCGAGGCGACCGGGAGCGGCUGGGCCCCCGGCGGCGCGCCCCUCGGCCGGGCCGGGAGCCGCGUCAGUCGGUGCCCCCAGCCGAACGCGGUUCGCCUCCCUCCGAGCGAUCAGCUGUCCGGAGUGUGACCAGAGGGCAUGCGGGAUCCACCAGAGGUGCCGCCGCCUGCGCUCGCAGGCCGCGGAUGAAGAAGAAAGCGCGGCCUCGCUCGGCCGGGAGCGAAGAGGUGACCCGGAACGAAGAGGUGUCCCGGAGCGAAGAGGUGUCCCGGAGCGAGGAGGUGGUCCGAAGCGAAGAGGCGGCCCUGAGUGAAGAGGUGGCCCAGAGCGAGGAAAUGGCGGCAGCAGGGCUCAGCGUGACCGUCACCCACAGCAAUGAGAAGCAUGAUCUUCAGGUUAUCCCACAAGAGGGCUGUAGUGAACCAAUUGUCCAAGACCUGGCCCAGGUUGUUGAAGAGGCCACAGGGGUCCCACUGCCUUUUCAGAAACUCAUAUUUAAGGGAAAAUCUCUGAAGGAAAUGAAGACACCUUUGUCUGCACUUGGAAUACAGAAUGGUUGCCGGAUCAUGUUAAUUGGGAAAAAGAACAGUUCAGAGGAAGAAGUAGAACUAAAAAAGCUGAAAGAUUUGGAGAGAUCUGUGGAGAAGAUAGCUCACCAACUGGAAGAGUUGAAUAAAGAGCUUACUGGAAUCCAGCAGGGUUUUCUGGCCAAGGAUUUGCAAGCAGAAGCUCUCUGCAAACUUGAUAGGAGAAUAAAAGCCACUAUCGAGCAGUUUAUGAAGAUCUUGGAGGAGAUUGACACACUGAUUCUGCCAGAAAAUUUCAAAGACAGUAGAAUGAAAAGGAAGGGUUUGGUGAAAAGGAUUCAGGGUUUCCUAGCUGAGUGUGACACAGUGGAGCAGAACAUCUGCCUGGAGACGGAGCGACUGCAGUCCACAAACUUGGCCCUGGCCGACUGAGCGGCAGCGGAGGAGGCUAUGCUACCCUGAAGAAUGGCUCCCCCAGCUCUGCCCUCUCUGGAGCAGCAGUUACCUGCUUUCUCCAGGGCUGCUGGGGACAGCUGGCGCAUGGCUGGCGUUGCUUUUCUUACACCCGCUCUCUGAACAAAUGUCAUCCAUACAAUCUUGAGCGCUCCCAUCAGUUUUCUCAUUCCAUGUCUGGGUAUCUGUGCUGCUUAGCAGCCCACCUGGUCUGGAGGGGCCUCCCCUGCUCAGGUCUUCCAGCUUUUUUGAACUUUGGGUCCUUUCUUGGGGUUGGUGAGUGCUCUCUCUUGUCCUCAGGUGGUUCUGGGUUUGUAGGCCAUCCUGGUCUUCAGGUCCAUGAGGCCUUUUUCCUCUAUGACCUCAUCAUUCCAUCUCUAAGUCAGGAUCACCAGGAGGCUGCAUCAGGUCAGGAAUGUUGGAAAUGGCUCAGAACAAGUAUUUGGCACACAGGUAGUCCAAGUGUCCCUUGUUGUGACCUCAUUCUGGGACAGCUGGCUGAGUUGUUGGUUUAUAGACCCUGUCCUCACUUCCCAGUGACCCUGACCAGCCACAGGCCAUGAAUCUCCAGGGGCCAUUCCUGGGAGUGGGGCCUGUGAUUGAUAUGUGAACUUCCUUGUCCCCAGGCAAAUCUCUAGAAGGUUCAAACCCAGAGUUUACUAAGUCUCUGCGAGAAACCAGGUCAGAACCAUGGCUUAGGAGCGGUAGAGAGAGGAGCUAUGGGUAAAGCCAGCAGGUGGUGAGGGCAACCAUAAACUUCUCAGGAGUUCCUUCAAAGGCAUUUCUGUUAACUGUACCCUUCUGAGAUUUAUAUUUCCUUCAAGACUGUUUCUGUGUUUUGUUGCCUUUUUUCCCUUUGCUGUUAUUUGAAAAAUAAAAGUUUAUAUACUUAUUAGGAAGUGUGAGUAUUUAAUUUUUUUUUCUUUUUGUAUGAAGUAUGAGAAGCAGAACCUGCUGAGGUUCUUGUCUAGUUAUGUUAUAAAGUGGCCCUGCUUGCUGGAACUCUUAACAGGUCAACUGCUGUCACCCCAUUUUUUUUUUUUUUGGUCACAGUGCCCAGGAGAUAGGCUCCUAACAGGCCACUCUGAGGCCAACCUUAUUAGUGAAGUCCCAGGAACUUAGGGCUGCGUGGGUGGGACCUAGGAUCAGAUGGUAGGUGGACAAGUGGAAGAGGCUCAGGGCACAACCAGCCCACCCCCACCUUUAAUCAGAGCAGUUCAGAAUUUAUCUCUUAGUAGGCAGUCUCUGGGUGGCCCUAGGACACAAGUUCUGUGUGCCAGAUACCAUUCUAAGUUCUUUGGGUGUAUCAGUCAUUUAAUCCUCACACAAUCCAGGAGUUAGACAGAUUUUGUCCCUGCUUUAGAGGUGAGCUGAGGCAUUUUGCUCAAGAUUGUAGAGUAGGUGACAGAGCCAGGACAGCAACUGGGCAGCUUGAUUCAGAGUUCAUGCUCUUAAUCUCUGCCAGUUGGCCUCCCAGCUGACAGGGAGUGGCUCUCACACUCAUUUUCUCUCUCUCUUCCUUCCAUUUAUCUCCAUGUUGGUCUCUGCACUUCCUCUCUCACCCUCUCCAGUUCAUUCUCCACAGCAGCCUGAGUGAUCAGGAAGCACACAUCACAUCAAUUUUUUAAAACCUCAGUGGCUUCCAUUUCUCUUGGGAUGAAGGCCAAGGUCCUUACCCUACUCCCUUCUCAUCUCUGGCCACUCCCCUGUUUGCUAUCCGCUAUGAGCCACUCUGGGUCUAGGUCGGGGGCUCUGUGUCCUCUCCUGCCCUGGGAUCUUUGCACACGCUGUGCCUCUGCUUGGACAGCCCCACGUCAUCCUUCCCCUUCCCCUCCCCCUCCCCCCUUCCUAGGUAACUUCUGUUCAGCCUCAGAACGUACAUGUCUCUUCUAUGAAGGAAGCUUCCCUAGUGUCUGAGAACAUGUCAAGCCCCCAGGUGAUAUCCUCUCACAGUUUGUCAUAAAUUUUCUUUUUACCAUAAAUAGCACUUAUUAUGGCCUAUGAUGAUUUAUUUGUGGGACUGUUUGAUUAAUAUUUGCCUUUAAUAUUAGACUGUGAGUUCCUUGAGCUAAGGAGCUUCUUUGUCUUGUUAACAGUGUAUUACAAGCAGCUUGUCUGGAUUAUAGUAGGUGCUCAAUAAACAUUUGGAGAAUGA